AUGUCCGACAGGGGGAUACAUCGUGGCGGCGGCGGCGACCACAGAGGCUCCUCGCGCGGCGGACGCGGCGGUCGCGGCAACGCUCGCGGCGGAUCGACACACAACGCCCCUUCCUCCACGACCGAGCGCCCUAAGAAGGAGAACAUUCUCGAUCUGGGGAAAUACAUGGACAAGCAGGUUACGGUGAAAUUCAACGGCGGACGUGAAGUUCGCGGCACACUAAAGGGCUACGACGCAUUGAUGAACCUCGUCCUCGACGACGGGCAGGAGACUAUGCGCGACGACCAGGGCAACGAGACGAUGCGAUCGCUAGGUUUGGUUGUGGCCAGGGGCACACUGCUGGUGCUCAUCAGCCCGGUGGAUGGGAGCGAGGAGAUUGCCAAUCCUUUUGCGCAACCUGAGGAGGACUGA